AUGAUCAGAUCGAUCGUUCUUGUUCUGUUUCUACUGCCUCUGUCGAUCAGCAGCGAGGAAUGCCUGAACAACACCCGCGCGAACUCGCGCGUGGCCUCGCGGCACAAGCUGAAAAGAAGCCUCACUUUCCCCGAUACGUCGAUGCUUCUGCUGAUUUUCGGUCUGGGCACUCCGCUGCAGCUGGACCGCGAGAGCGUGAUCGUGGGUGUGUUUGCAAAAAUGCAGUACACCUUGCCGAGCAACGCCACGGAUUUCACGGAGCCGGGGGUGUAUUACACGCGGGCGAGCGGCAGCAGGUGGAGCUUCUACAAAAUGUUCGAGAAAGUAAUGGCCAUGUACGGCUUUGGUGGCAAAGAGUGUUUACUGAGGGCCAUCUGCGAGGUCGCCUACGUGCCAUUCGACGUUCAGCACGGUUUGCUGGGACAGUUGGUGCAGACUUUUCUCAGGUAA